AUGGUUGACAAUGAUAAUGCAGUAGUCCAUGGAGAAAAAACUACAAUACCUGAUACCAAACUCUCUGACGAANAAGGAUCACCACAGCNUCAUGCNAAUACNNUGAUGGAGCNGGACAAAGCUGCAGAAGAACAUGAGAUGAUGUCCUCUGGAGACCGUAACGAAUUUCCAGUCAGUCCUGAUACCAAACUCUCGGAGAACAGAGGAUCACUGCAUCAUCAUGCUAAUACUGUGAUGGAGCAGGACAAAGCUGCAGAAGAACAUGAGAUGAUAUCCUCAGGGGACCAUAACGAAGUUCCAGUCCGUCCUGACCGUUAG